GACAAACUGUCCGUGACAUUUACCUAAGUCCUAACCUCUCAUUGUUUUUUGUGUUUGAUUUGAACAUCCUGAUUAGAACCGAGAUUUGAAUUUGAACAACGAAGAUGAUUUGUAGGGUGGGUGAUCUGUGAUGAUUUGAAAAUAUUUGAAGUUGAACUUAUUGAUCUUAUUGUCAGCGUUGGACAUUGAUCAAUCCUUUGAGAUCAUGAAUUUUCUAGCGGAAGUUCUAUCUUCUGCAGAGGAAGUGGAAUUAGAAGAAAUCAACAGAAAAGUCCCAGAACUGAAAUUAAUGAUAGAUGAUGUGAAAAGUGAUGUAGUGCAAUACCUGGAAAACGUUUAUGUUAAAUACAGCUGUCGACCAAAACAAAACCGAGAACUUCUCAACCAAAUUCAUGACAUUGAAGAUCAAAUCAAUUCCCUCAAGAAAUAUGCUGAGAGUGCAACAAAGAAAGAUCUUUCAAAAUCUAGCAAGGAAUUGAAAAAAAAUGUAGAGUCUUUGGAGAUCUUAAAUUUCACUAUUGAUAUUGUUUCUAAACUAUCUAAUAUCAAUGAAAAGUUAAUUGAAAUUGACACCCUCCUAAUAGCUGGGGAAUAUCUGAAAGGUAAACAACUUAUUUGUGAACUUGAAUCAUUGCUUACCGAUGAAAUUCCCACAGAAGAUCACCUUGAAAUAAUGAGAGAAUUGUCAAUAACUAUACAUUCAAAGAGAAAUGACUUACUCAAUGCCCUAGAGAAUGUUUUUAAUGAAAAUGUCAUCAUGAAGUGCAAUGAAAAUUAUGCUAGUAUUGAAGUUUUGAAUAUAAAUGAAAAAUUUGAAGGAGCCCUACUAGCAUUAUGUUAUCAAACUGAAGAAGUUGAUCUUAUCCAUAACCUUAUAAAUUUGUUGUGGAAUAGUUUUCUUUUACCAGCCAUAGACAAGGUAGUAGAUAUUGUAAUAGGAAAAAAUGAAAUCUCCUGUGUUAUUCAGAUUACCAUCAAGGAUUCUACCAAAAAGUCACAUUACUCAGAAGUUUUUGACAAAGUGAGGUUGAUAAUGGAAUUUUUGAGAGAAUAUUUCAACUUCAAGUUGAAUGAUGAUCUCACAACUUUAGAGUAUAUUUGCAGGAGUAUCAGAGAUAAUCUGUCAGAGAUUCUUAUAAAAAGCUGCUUAGCAGACACAAUUCCAUCUACUGUAGAAGGGUUACAGAAAUACAAAACUGUCAUUGAAGAUACCAAAAAAUUGGAAGAUUUUCUGAGAGAAAGUAAAAUAUUUGUAGAUGGAACUGCAUCACUAGUGGAAUAUGCCAACAAUGUUGAUGUCUUAUUCAUGAAUAAAAAAUGCUUGGAAUAUACAACAAUUGCCAUACAGAUUAUGAAGAAAGAUUUACAUGACAUGAUUGAAGUUGGGGAGCCUUUUAACCCUGAUAGCCUUUUAUCAAGUAUGAGUGAAGAUUUCCAGCAAUGUUCAGUUUCUAAGAGCACAAUAGCACUACUGCAGCUCACUGAGAAAAUAAUGCAAAAGGCCAUCAAAGGUUCAGAUGUUUGUGGUGGACGUCUCUUCUAUACUGCUCAACAUAUAAUGAGAGAGUAUGGCUUAUGUGUUCCUGAAUACCACAAAAAGCUUUUGCAGACCAUUCCACAGCAAGUAGCAUUAUUUCACAAUAACUGCCUUUAUAUUUGUCAUAAAUUGACCAAAUGGAAUGAUACAUACUGCCAAAAAUUGCCAUCAACAUGCAAUACUGGUAAUCUUGGAUUCACAAAUGAGAUAAAUCAGUUGCAGCAUAUAGCCUCAGAAAUGUUUUCCAACUAUGUGAAAGAACAGAUAAAACACAUAAAUGAAAUCAUGAAGGAUAGUGGAUUGGAUGGUGUUGUACUUGAAGAACUUCAACCUGUUACAGAAAAAAGUGUUAGACAGUGCCUUAGGCAACAGGAAUUACUGAAAACUGUAUGGCAGAAAGUAUUACCAUUCUCCAUUUAUAACCGAACAUUAGGUGCAAUACUGAACUCUUUAUGUACUUGUAUCAUAUCAUCAGUGUUGAAAUAUGAGGGUAUUUCUUCUAAAUCAGCUGAACAGCUGAUGGAAAUCAUCAAAAUGAUCCUGGUCCGUGGUCCAAAAUUGUUCUCUGAUCCAAAGGAAAUUACACUGUUUGUAGUCAUGUGGUAUAAACUCAAUGAACUGGAUUUUGUGUUGGGGGCAAGUUUGUUGGACAUCAAAAAUAGGUGGGCUGAUGGUAAAGGACCUCUUGCUCUUCAUUUCAAACCUAGUGAAUUGAAGUCAUUAAUAAGGGCACUAUUUCAAAACACUGCAAGAAGGUCUGCAGUAUUAGCCAAAAUCAUUGAAUGA